CUUUUCCCCGCCCCGUGACAUCUCCGACAACAACUUCAUCAACGAUAAUAAUCCAAUGCUCCGCCCAGCAUCCAUGAGUCUUUCUUGAAGUGGACUCGUAUUUAUUUAUUUUUAACUUUUUCUUUGAAUAAGGGACACCAUAGUGCGAAGUGACCCAAUCGCCAUCUAGCCAUGCCUGGCCGAGUUGGCGCCCGCUCGUCCAGUGCGACGACACGCAAAGCCGACAAGUCUUCAGCGUCAAACGCGCGCGCAGCUUCUGUGACGCCUUCGGUCAGAAUUCCAGAGGAACCAGCAUUACCAUCAUCAUCUCCUAAUCUCCGUCGCGAUGUCUGCACCCUCUUUGCGGAUGCCCAGCGUUCGACUACCGGCCAUCGAAAACUAAUUGUGCGCCUCCGGAAACUUCAAGAGAUUUGCUGCGGUAUUACUCCUAAAGUGAAAAAGGAUAACAAGAAAGAAAAGAACUCACAGGUCCAGGAGAAGGAAGUCUUGAUUCCUGGAGAAGAGACUGUUGCUGAGAAGGAAUUCAACGUGGAAAUCGGUCGAUGUAUGCUGCGCGUCCUUCCAGUCAAGAAGAGUGAGCCUGUCGGCGACCGCAUUGUUCGAUUUCUGGGUAGCUUUUUGACGCAUGCAUCGGAGAAGGAUGCGGAGGUUUUCGGUUCCAAUGAUGAUGAAGACGGUGACCUGCAGGGUUUUCCGGAGACGCCAACUGCGAGAUUAACGUCUAGUCUUGUUGCGUUAUUGGAGCCCCUGCUUAUGGCGAAGGAUAGGACAGUGCGAUUUCGAGCAACGCAGAUUACUGUCAACAUCGUCAAUUCCCUCGACUCUAUCGAUGAUGACCUGUAUCAUACCCUCCGUGGGGGGCUCCUCAAACGGAUCCGAGAUAAGGAGGCUUCGGUUCGCGUUCAAGCCGUUAUGGGUUUGGGCCGGCUGGCCGGGAACGACGAAGAAGAUGAAGGUGGUGAUGAGAGCACAUCCGCUCUUCUGGAACGGUUGAUCGACAUCAUGCAAAAUGACACGAGCGCGGAUGUGCGAAAGACCCUCUUGAUCAAUUUGCCCGCCACCGCGGCCACAUUGAAAUAUCUCCUGGAACGUGCUCGUGACCUAGACGCAGCUACAAGACGCGCUUUAUAUUCACGCUUACUACCUACUCUAGGCGACUUUCGCCAUCUGUCCCUAUCUAUGCGUGAAAAGCUCCUUCGAUGGGGCCUCCGUGAUCGAGAUGAAAGUGUACGUAAGGCCACUGGCAAGUUGUUCUACGACCGGUGGAUUGAGGACUGUGCCGGUUCCGGCGAAGCGUCUACUGCAGGGGGCCCUGUCGGUCAACACUCCCCUCCAAAUAUUCCCGCACUGCUAGAAUUGCUUGAACGAAUUGACGUUGUUAGUUCUGGAACAGAUGGGGGCAUCGCGCAUGAGGCGAUGCGCAGUUUCUGGGAGGGCCGACCGGAUUAUCGAGAAGCUGUUGAAUUUGACGAACCAUUCUGGGAAUCACUCACUGCCGAAUCUGCAUUCCUUAUCCGGUCCUUCAAUGAUUUCUGCCGCGUGGAAAACGAGGGCAAGUACGAUAAACUCGUUGAUGAGAAGAUGCCUGAGGUUACAGCACUCGCUUAUUUUCUUGAAAAAUAUACGUCUAGCUACUUGCAGAGGGCGCAGAUGGCGAAAGAAAACGGGCAAGUGAAUGAUGAAGACACCGUGGAACGAGAAUUUGUCGUGGAACAGCUUCUCCAUAUUGCUAUUACUCUUGACUACAGUGACGAAGUUGGACGACGGAAGAUGUUCUCCCUGCUCAGAGAGCUGUUGGCUGUGUCGGAGUUGCCCGAGGGAUGGACGAAGCUCACCGUUGAGACAUUAAGAUGUGUUUGCGGCCCAGAUUUGGCAGGUGAAAGUGAAUUCUGCAGCGUCGUCCUCGAAGCCAUCGCUGAGGUUCAUGACAAUGUGUUGUCUGAUGACAGCUUCGCCUCGGCGAAGUCGGAGAUCAGCUCUGAUACUAAUUCCACGCGUGCCCGUUCCGAGACCCCCUAUGAAGAGGAGAAGCCUUUCAACAAAGAAGAGGCUAAAGCCAAGCUUCUCCGGGAAAUUGUGAUCAACAUGAAGUGUCUGUACAUUGCCCAGUGCAUGCUCCAAAAUGUUCAGGGGCAUCUGCAGCAAAACAUCAAUCUGGUUACUAUGCUCAACAACCUCGUUGUCCCCGCUGUCCGGAGUCGCGAAGCUCCCAUCCGUGAGCGAGGACUGGAAUGUCUAGGCCUUUGCUGCCUGCUGGAUAAGUCGUUGGCUGAGGAGAAUAUGACCCUCUUCAUCCAUUGCUAUAGUAAAGGUCACGAGGGAUUACAAGUUACGGCUUUGCAUAUUCUGUGUGACAUGAUAACCACCCAUCCCUCGUUGCUUGCACCAGUUGCCCAGCCAGAUGGAGAAACAGUUUCACCUCCGGCAUUCCAAAAGCCACUGUUCAAGUGCUUUGCACGAGCGCUGAAAGCUAGCUCACCGGAAACGGUGCAGACCGCAGCAGCGACCGCUCUCUCGAAGCUGUUGCUGACGAACGCAUUCACCCCAGCUGGCCAAAACAUUCCUCCUGCAAUUCAAGAAUACAACCAAUCUGCAAUUGAAGCUCUCCUGCAGUCGUUGAUCGUAUCUUUCUUCCAUCCUCGUACCCGUCAGAAUCCAGCGCUACGGCAGGUGCUUGCGUAUUUCUUACCCGUCUAUUGUCACUCGAGAAUAGGAAAUACACACAAUAUGCGGAAAGUGUGCGUGCCAGCGGUGCGUGCGGUCCUCAACGCUGCGGAGGAGUAUUAUUCACUCGAGGCGGAGGAGAACAGUGACGGAGAUAUCGACGAAACGGCUGGACAGAGAGAACUCAAGGUGCUAAUGACCGGUCUGCUUGGUAUGCUGGCAGAGUGGACGGACGAGCGCAGGGUCGUUGGUCUGGGCGGCGAGAAGGUUCUCGCUAACGGUGCUGCUAGCCCGACUGCUUGCGGGUUCGUCCACCUGGCCCUGGUCAAAGAUAUCCUGGAGCGUGUCCUGGGAAUCAGCACGGGUCCCAACAGAUGCUCCAAAGAGGAGAUGAAGCUACUCUUUUCCCUAUUGAGCAAACUGUACAUUGCUCCUCCUCCACCGCCGCCACAGCCCUCCCGGUCAAGCUCCCGUCCACCCGAGAUGGGAGACAGCCAGAGUCAAUUCCGAUCCAGCCUGCGAAGCGUCAACAGCGAACAAGCUGUAGUUAUUGAUGCUGAUAACGUCGAGCUUAUUCAGGAAGUCAAAGAGCUUCUCGACGAAACCAUCCAGGAGGGUCUGGCCGCCGAUGCAGCAGGGAGGAAUGCCCUCGUGAAAGCGAAGAACUCGGUCCUUAAGCUGUUGGCAGCGUCACAAGGAGGAAAAGGACUGCCCGUUAAUCUCCGUGAGCGAGAUAGCACGGAGGAACCCGAGACAGAUGCCAUGAGUGUCCGGUCUGCAAGUCUGCGGGGGUCUGUUGAACCUCCAGCCUUUGUUUCUGCCAGCCGGAGAGGAGUGGCCGUUGAACCAAGUAUCGCCGAGGAGGAUGAGGAUGAAGACGAUCGCAGUCGGGUUUCAGUUGUGAUCAAGACAGAGAAUCAAGAUGAUUGACGUGUCCGCAGAUGCGUCUUGUGUUCGGAGAAAUGAGGUUCAGGCGGCGUUUGGACUGGGCAGGCUGGUUUAUAAGAUCUGAAGUUCACGAUUCGGUAAUUGUUAGUCUUGUAUAUUUGGGACUAUUGAAGCAUUUCCUUUCCUUUCUUUCUUUUAUUUUUUUCACCACAAGUCUGAGUAGUUACUGUCUAUAUUUGCUUCUAUUAACGGAGCUUAACGUGCGGUUCUGCGGUUCGGUAUACGUGAUGUCUGGACCGACCCAGAAGCCGCAUUGAUGGCGAUUUUCUAGAAUGCGGAAGGAGAUUAAAGAAGGGGAAAAAGGCGAAAUGCCAUGGAAGAUGGAUACGGAAGAAACGCUGCAGGAUCAGCCAAUAAUGCAGAUAUCAGACUGGAUGGCAGAAGUUUAUUCUUUCAGUGUCCGGCCUCUUCCCCAGAGACGAGCGAUCGUGGGAGCGACUGGGCAGUCGGAGUAGAUCCUAG